AUGUCUCGUUCCAUUCGGACACUCUCCCGACAAAUUAGGACCAACGUAUCAGCUCUGCGCGGAGACAUAACUCGUAGCCCAGCUUGCUCCGCCGCGGCUCGCAUCUCGAGCAGACAAUUUUCCGAUGUUGCUGAAGCCAGUUCGUCCAAGGAUGUCGGAGGAGUGACAGAAGAUGCGAGUCGGUUACGGGAAGGCUGGUUGUUCAUCGACUCCGUGCUGCCCGUUCAGCUAGGUAUCUGGGAUUUGCGCUACUUUCUUGCUGUUUUCCGACAAGAGACACUCGUGGAACGCCUCCAGUAUAUCUUUUCGACUGUGCAAGCAAACGGGUUCCGUGUCCUUGAAGUCUCCCCGUACUCGAAGGAUGGGGGAGUAUUCGUGAAGUUUUCCUAUACUGCGGUUGAACAGGAACCCGCCCUCGACUCUAUAUUAAAGGACUUCAGGGAGAAAGCUAACAAGCUUGGAGGUGUACCUUCAUGGUUCGGCAUCUCGAGAGGCAACAUAUGGCUGGUGAAAGGAAAACCAUGGCGCGAGGACAUGCGUCGCUACGCGUCUCCGAUCCUCAAGGUGUCGUUCGACGGGCCAGAUGUGCAGGAAGAGUCCCUGUACGAACUUCUACGACCGUAUGGCCGCAUUGAAGAGAUCACUCGGCCGACACCUGUUCCCGCGGGCACUCUCCGGUCCUCCACCGUGGCCUUCCGCCGCGUACGCGCUGCAGUGGUCGCUCAUAAUGCAAUCAACAAUAUCAGUAUCCCGUCGGCGCUGAACGCGUCAACUGUGACUAGGCUGAGGACUAACUAUGAGGUGCCUAUCCAGGCACAUGUAGUGAGGAACUAUGUCGCAAGCCACCCCAGGAUAUUCUUGCCGGUUCUGUUCUUCUUGAUUGGAACUCUGACCUAUACAAUUUUCGAUCCGUUACGCGUCCUCAUGGUGGAAGGGAAGAUGCAGGACUGGUUUAACUUCGAAGAGUUCCGAAUAUUCAAGUGGCUCCGCAACAACACGCUCGAUAGGUUUUACAUCACGCCUACCGCCGGCGUCGAUGCUACAACGUCGUCGGGGGACGUGUGGAAGGAGCGAAACGAUGCGGAGACUGCUCUGAAUCAGUACCUGGCCGAUAUGCCGACCACCGUGGCAUUCGUGCACGGCCCACAGGGAAGUGGCAAGUCCAGUCUGAUAUCUGCCAUUCUGAAAGAACGUGGACGAAAAGCACUGGUGAUUGACGUUGCUGAAUUCUCCAAGGCAAAUUCGGAGGUGAAGCUUGUGUCCACGUUGGCGCAGCAGACGGGUUACUGGCCGGUGCUCUCAGUCUUCAACUCGAUGAACAACCUGAUUGAUGUUGCGAGUGUCGGGCUCAUCGGCCAGAAAGCGGGUCUAAGCUCCUCCCUCACCGACCAAAUCAAGCAGGUUCUCGAGGUGGUCGGUAACGGUCUGACACGUGUCAACGCCGCGCACCGCAAGGAGCGCCAGCACGCUGUCAAGAGGGAACAUGUUGAGGAACUGAGGAAAUCAGAAGGAGCUCGGGUGAUGUCUCGUAUUAAGGAGGGACAUUGGCACGACGGGCGUCUGGAUUACGUCGCUGGGACCGGUUUGAUAAGCGAGCUGGGCGUCGGCGACGAGUCAUUUGGCCAGACCGACGUCCCCCUCUUGCGGUCGCUUGCGUCUGAGAAGGAGGUGGAGGGUAAGGAGAAGGAGAAAGAGAAAGAGGAGGCGAAGAGGAAGCAGAAGAGCGUGGAGGAUCUGCGUGUUGUCGAGUCGAUGCCCAUUGUGAUCGUCAAAGGCUUUGGGGCGAAAGGGAGUUGGGCAAGUGGAGCGAGUAAGGAGGUAAUCCUCGACGAGCUCGCUCGGUGGGCCGCUACUCUCGUGGAGAACCAGAUUGCGCAUGUCGUGGUCGUAAGCGACAACCGGGAGAACGCCAAGAGGUUGGCGAGAGCACUCCCUUCACAGCCAUUGCACACGAUCAAGCUCUCGGAUGCCGACAAUGCUAGCGCACUCUCGUUCAUGAAGCAGAAGCUGCACGACUCUGGCGUGGAGAUUGACUUCACUCGACAACAGAGGACGUAUGUGGAACGUCUCGGUGGGCGCGCCAGCGAUCUGGAGAGCCUCAUCAACAAGCUGCGGAACGGGGAAACCGUCGAGAACGCUGUGGAGGACAUCAUCACGCGCGGUGUCAGCGAGAUCCGGAAGAACGCGUUCGGAGACGAAACCGGGGAUUCUAGGAAUCUUCCUUGGACGAGGGAACAGGCUUGGGCUUUGAUGAAGCUUUUGUCAAAGCAACCUGAGGUCUCAUACCACGAAGUGGUACUACAAUUCCCAUUUAAGAACGACGAGGCGCCUCUGCGGAACAUGGAGCAGGCCGAGCUGAUCUCUAUUGGUACGCAAAACGGACGACCCUCCACUAUCAGUCCAGGAAAACCAGUGUACAGAUAUGUCUUUGAGCGCUUGGUUCGAGACACCGUUUUCCAAGCCACUCAAGAUAUUGCGUUCAACGAGAAGGUGAUCGCAGCGUCGGAGAGCAUUGUGAAGGCUUGCGAGCUGGAGCUGCUAACACUCAAGGACGUCGAUGCCGGCACAUCACUAUUCUGGGGAUCGAGGAGGGCAGUGAGCCAACGCACUGACUAUCUCUUAAAAAAGAUGCGGAUCGCAGAAGAGAAGAUUGAGGUCUUGGAGAAGCAGAAUCUAAAUCUGAAGAAGAUACUGGCGAAGGAUGCUCUUAAGGGCUGA